GUCUGUAGUUCCAGCUUGAAGCGGCUGUUGCCUUGUCACCAGAAAAAAACAUGGAAAUUUGGUGGUGUAGUUGUGCUGUAAGUUUUCAUCAACAUAGCAUUUAUUUCCUAACAAUUAAUUAAGAUGUCACACAUGACCUGUUUCAUUUUGGUUGGUAACGUAUCUUAUUUUUUCACUCUCUAACAUGUCCCACAAACCUGUUUUAUUCACUUGUCAUAAUUAGCCAAAGCCUAUUACAUCUUCCUGAAAAUUCACGUCAUUAAGCCUUUCAGUAUAAUAUUAAGAUCAAAUAUUCAACAGAUAAUCAACAAUGAUGUUACUUUCCUGGAAUUGGAGAAGUCGUCAAGGUGUUCCGUUUCCGGUUUUUGUUGCAGCAGUUUUGCUACUUUUAGUCUUAGGAUUCUUCUGCAGCAGAUUUGAUGAUCAGUACAGGUUGAUGAAUAGUAUUCCAGAUCGUGCAAACGUGGCAUCGAUAAAGAGAGUUACAAAGAUGAUCCAUCCGUCAAAAGGACGGCCUGGUGAUCCUCCAAUCUUGGCUUAUUGGAUUUUUGGUUAUAAAGGGGAAAGUAAAAGAAUGUUGAGGCUAUUAAGAGCAGUGUAUCACCCAAGAAAUCAGUAUCUUUUGCAACUUCUUGAUGGAGAUGGAGAUGAAGAAAGAGUUGAAUUAGCUGUUUCAGUUGAAUCCGAACAUGUGUUUAAAGUAUUUGGGAAUGUGAACGUUGUUGGAAAAAGUUAUGCUGUGGAGGAAUCAGGUGCCUCUGCUCUUGCUGCUAUGCUUCAUGCUGCUGCCUUGCUCCUUCGAAUUAGUCCGACAUGGGACUGGUUUUUCACCUUAAGCUCUUCUGACUACCCUCUUCUUACUCAAGAUGAUGUCUUGUUUGCUCUCACUUCCUUGCCAAGGGAUCUCAAUUUCGUAGGCUUCACCAAUAGGACUUUUGAUCAGAAAGGGCAGAACAACUUCAAUCGGAUUGUUGUUGAUCCAAGCCUAUAUUCAAAACAGGCUGCUCCACUUUACUAUGCUGUAGAGACUAGAGAAGUACCAACAACUUUCGAUAUAUUCGAAGGUUCGCCUUGGAUGGUGUUGAGCAGAGGAUUUAUGGAGCACUGCAUCAAAGGUUGGGACAAUUUCCCUAGGAAGUUACUUAUGUACUACGCCAAUGUAGUGUCUCCUCUUGAAUCCUACUUCCACACUGUUCUAUGCAAUUCACCAGAAUUUAUAAAAACAAUAGUAAACCAGGAUCUCAGGUGUUCCGCGCCAAUAAAUGUUUCAAACCACUACGAUGAUCUUGUGAACAGAUGGGCAGUAUUUGCUCGGCCAUUUAAAGAAGGCGAUCCUACUUUAGAUGAGAUAGACAGGGGUAUCCUAGAUCGCUCGCCCCAGGGGCUGGUGCAUGGGAAGUGGUGCAAUUCUGGAGGACACAAUUCUUCUUCUUGUAGUUCUAAUUCUAGUACUAAUUGGGAUGACAUUGAUUCAUUGGAUCCUGGAUUUUAUGGCCAAAAACUCCAGAAUAUUUUGUCCAAUUUUACUGUUGGAGAUCAUCAUAUGGUAACCAAUCAUUGUCACGUCAGUUCAUCUUAAUAUAUAUACUCCAUAUUCUUUUGUUUUCGAAA